AUAGGUAUGUGUAUUGUGUGCAUUUAAGUCAUUUCUGACUUAUGGCAACCCUAAGGCGAACCUACCGUGGAGUGUUCUUUGCAAGUUUAUUCAUGGCCAUCCUUUGAGGCUGAGAGCAUGUGACUUGCCCAAGGUCACCCAGUGGGUUUUUGUGCCCAAGCAGGGAAUCCAACCCAGGUCUCCAGAGUCGUAGUUUGACACACAAACCGCUGCGCCAAACUGAUUUUAUUUGAUUCACGACAAGCAACGCUUCGCCAGUUUUAGAUGUAAGGCUGCUCACAUGAAUUGACCUUCGGUGCAAACAGGAGUAGCUACAUCUGCAGCCAUGCCUGCUUUCCGGCAGGUUGGGGAGAAGCAACUACCCCAAGAGGUCAUUUUUAUGGCCUGGUCUCCCAAGAGGGAUCUGAUUGCCCUUGCAAACAAAGUUGGAGAGGUUUUACUUCACCGGCUAGCAAACUUUCAGCGAGUCUGGAGUCUGCCACCAAGUGACAGUACAGGGAAAGAAGUGACAGCCCUUGCGUGGAGACCAGAUGGCAAAAUUUUGGCUUUCGGACUGGCUGAUACUAAGAGAGUCAUCCUGUGUGAUGUGGAGAAACCAGAGAGCUUGCAUUCUUUCUCAGUGGCUUCUCCUAUUACUUAUAUGCACUGGAUGGAAGUUACAGAAGAAAGCAGUGUCCUAACUUCAUUUUAUAAUGCUGAAGAUGAAUCCAACCUUCUUCUUCCUAAACUGCCUGCCUUGCCAAAGAACUAUAGUACCACUGCAAAAAUUUUCAGUGAAGAAAAAUCAGAUGAGAUUAUGAAACUCAUGGGUGAUGUCAGGCUGAAUGCUCUGGUGCUUGGAGGCAACAAUGGAUUUAUUGAGAUCUACGCUUACGGAAUGUAUAAGAUCGCCACAAUAACAGGGGUGAUUGGCUCAUGUCUUGCACUGUCCUUGUCCAGUGACUUGAAAUCACUAUCAGUUAUUACAAAAGCAGAGGUUUCUCCACAGAGCGAGCCAGAAAUAACCUAUUUCCAAUUGGACACAAGUCUGUUAUCCACCUAUUUACCAGAAGUGACUCGGAUGGCUCGAAAAUUUACACAUAUUUCAACUCUUCUGCAGUAUAUAAAGCUUUCUCUGACAUGUAUGUGUGAAGCUUGGGAAGAAAUAUUGAUGCAAAUGGAUUCACGGCUAACCAAAUUUGUACAGGAAAAAAAUACAACCACUUCUGUACAAGAUGAAUUCAUGCAGUUACUGUUGUGGGGCAAAGCUAGUCUUGAGCUUCAAGCACUCUUGAUGAAUCAGCUAACAGUAAAGGGCUUAAAAAAACUUGGCCAGUCCAUGGAAUCCUCAUACUCCAGUAUUCAGAAGCUUGUCAUAAGUCACUUGCAAAGUGGCUCUGAAGCCUUACUAUACCAUUUAAGUGAAUUGAAAGGAAUGGCAUCAUGGAAACAAAAGUAUGAGUGUCUGGGACUGGAUGCAUCAGGAAUAGAAGAAGCAAUAACUGCAGUGGGUUCCUUCAUCCUGAAAGGAAAUGAGCUACUUCAAGUUAUAGACAGCAGUAUGAAAAAUUUCAAAGCUUUUUUCCGGUGGCUUUAUGUGGCCAUGCUAAGGAUGUCAGAGGAUCAUGUCCCCCCAGAGCUGAACAAGAUGACUCAGAAAGAUAUCACUUUUGUUGCUGAUUUCCUUACUGAGCACUUCAAUGAGGCACCUGAGCUCUAUAAUCGUAAAGGAAAAUACUUUAAUGUAGAAAGAGUUGGCCAGUACUUGAAAGAUGAAGAUGAUGACCUUGUAUCCCCACCUAACACAGAAGGAAACCAAUGGUUCAACUUCGCUCAAAAUAGCAAUCAUCUUAAAGAAAGCCCUUUGCUAUUUCCAUACUAUCCUCAGAAGUCUCUGCAUUUUGUAAAAAGGCGAAUGGAGGGAAUUAUUGAUCAGUGUCUACAGAAGCCAGCUGAUGUCAUUGGGAAAUCAGUGCACCAAGCAUUUCGUAUGCCUUUAUACAAAGCAUCAAAAAGUGAGGACUCAGCUUCUCAGUUGUUUAAGCUGCCAUUUUUGUGGAAUGAUAAAUCCUCCAGCUUGCAUUAUGUUUUGUUCACGAUGCUAGAAAACUCAAUUUCUAAAAUAUAUAUAUUGAGGAGGCAUACAGACGUUUCAAGGUCUGCAAAUAAUGGACUGCUUGCUGUUGAUUUUGGAAAUUUUCUGAACAACAGUAUUAAUGAAAGUUCAAGUACAAGUUUCUACAGUUGCCUUGAUGCCCAUUUCUAUGAUGAUGACACUAUAACAGUAAUUCUUGCUGAGAACUUAGAACAAGAGGGGAAGGAAAGAAUUUUGGCCCAGCUGCCUUUAUCAUCCAUAUAUACGGAGGAGAACCAAGAAUUGGAAUUGAGCUGGAAUUCUGACCAAAGCUUAGUUCAAACCUGCGUCACAUCCGAGUGUUUGAAAUGGAUGUUGAAGAUGAUGGAGAAGUCGAGGAGGAAGAAGAGGAAGAAACAGUACAGCUUGUUGGUCCAGAUCAGGAAGAAGAAAAACAAACUACAAACAAUCCUGAAAAUAGUGUCUCUGCUGGUUCUGCUGAAUUGGCAGAUCAAAUAGAAGAGCAAUAAGCCAGCCUCCAUGACUAAGAGAAACACAUUUCAGUGUCUUGUGUGUUACAAAGAACAAAACAGAAAUGUGGUCCUGUCUGCUGAAUCGUUUUGGUAGUAAUGAACUACAUUUUUUUUAAUACAGUACAUAAGUGCUGCUAUGAGUUGCAAAAUUCCUGGUUGUUCUUUUUUCCAUAGUUUCCAAGUACACGUUUUUUUUUUGUAAGGCAGCUACUUUGUCUGAAUAAGUGAAAAAAUAUUUCUGGGAGGCGGGGGGGAAAUGGCCCGGCAACAUACCAGGCAACAUUAGUCAUACCUUCCCUUUCAGUCUCCAUUGUCUUCAUACCCCACAUGUCCCUAAUAUUUUCGUAGUAUUCCUUUCAGGUGCCAUAGGUAUCCACAGAUGUAUCUCUGUUCACUUUUCCAAGAAGCCUGUGCAGCAUGAGAGAUGGAAGGAUUGGAAUUCCAAAGCCUAUUUUUAUUUCCAGUGUGUGUUUUGUAAUGGAAAAUAAAUUAAAAAGGAGUAUA